AUGGAUCAAACCCGCAUCUGGGUUAUCUUUCUUUCAUUCUUUCUCAUUCUUCAGACAACAAAUUCCUUGGAUGCAGGAGUUAAGAGUUCAUUGAUCAACUUCCUUUCAAAACUGUCAAACAACAAUGGCCUACUUGAUCCUGUAUGGAACACCACCACUGAUCCUUGCAGUGACCGGUGGACAGGUGUAACUUGCGAUAAUCGGCACAAUAAAUCAGUGAGUAGAUUAAACCUUACCAGGUUCAAUCUUUAUGGAUCAUUUGAUGCUAGUUAUCUUUGCAAUGUACAAUCUUUAGCUGAUUCUCUCAGUGUUAUUAUUCUUGAUGGCAACAAUAUUCAUGGAGAGAUCUCAGCUGAUAUUUCAAAUUGUACUCAGCUCCUUCGCUUGCAUUUGAGUGGGAACCGUUUUUCAGGAAACCUUCCAGGCUCUGUUUCCAUGUUGAGCAACCUGAAAAGACUAGAUGUUUCAUACAAUAACUUCUCCGGUGCUUUGCCAGACUUGUCCCGGAUUUCUGGUCUUAAUAUGUUCCUGGCUCAAUACAACCAGUUCACAGAUAAGAUACCACAAUUUGACUUCUCCAAUCUGCAGCAGUUCAAUGUAUCUUACAAUGAUUUGAGUGGUCCUAUUCCAGACACACAAGGAAAAUUCGACUUAAGCAGCUUCUUCGGUAAUCCCAGGUUAUGUGGAGACCCUCUGCCAAAUAUAUGUCCACUGACUCCGCUCUCUCCAAACUCUGAGGUUAAGAAAUCGAAACAUGUUCCGAAAAAUCAGAUUCUUAUGUUCUCCGGAUAUGCUGUGUUAGGCUUGGUAGUUAUAGUCUUCAUCAUCUUUUGGAUAUGUAAAAGAAGAAAGUCAGAAGAGAAAGUUGAAGCAGUAAACAAGGUAGCAUCAUCAGCUGAUGAUAGCACUAUCAACAAGUCUAAAGCACUUGAAUCAAGUGAUUAUAAAACAGGAGAGAGCAAAACAGAAUUUUCUAUGAAUUCAGCGGAAAGCGGUUUGCCUUCAUCCUCACUAGUAGUCCUUACAAGUCCGGUAGUGAAUGGACUGAAAUUCGGGGAGUUGCUGAGGGCUCCUGCAGAGUUGCUUGGAAGAGGAAAGAAUGGUACCCUCUACAAGAUUGUUAUGGAAACUGGUAUGAACCUGGUUGUGAAAAGGAUUAAGGAUUGGGCAAUUUCAAGCAAUGAUUUUAAGGUCCUGAUGCAGAGAUUAGACCAAGCCAAACAUCCAAAUAUAUUGCCAGCUCUAGCCUUUUACUGUUCUAAACAAGAGAAACUAUUGGUCUAUGAAUUCCAGGAAAAUGCAAGUCUCUUCAGGCUCCUCCAUGGAGCCGAAAUGGGGCAAGUAUUUGACUGGGCAAGCCGGCUAGAUAUUGCAGCCAAAAUUGCUGAGGCAUUAUCAUUCAUGCAUCAGGAGCUAAGUGAAGAUGGAAUUGCUCAUGGCAACUUGAAAUCGUCCAACAUCUUGUUCAACAAGAACAUGGAGCCUUGCAUAAGUGAAUACGGACUCAUGGUGUUUGACAAUCCAGACUCCUCUUCAUUCGCCAACGGCUUCAAACGCCCUGCCAUCACUGCAUCAUCAAACGCCUACAAAGCAGACAUUUACGGUCUUGGCGUCAUCCUUCUGGAGCUUCUAACUGGACGCCUGGUGCAGAACGAUGGAGUGGACUUGACCACAUGGGUUCACUCAGUCGUCCGAGAAGAAUGGACUGUAGAAGUUUUCGACAAAGUCUUAAUUUCUGAAGGCGCAAGUGAAGAGACGAUGGUAAAUUUGCUGCAAGUCGCCAUAAAAUGUGUCAACCGUUCCCCGGAUGCCAGGCCUACCAUUAGCCAAGUUGCUGCCAUGAUCAACACCAUUAAAGAAGAAGAGGAGAGAUCUAUAGUUUCUGAAGCAUGACAAAGUUUGGAUUGAAAUUAUUAAACAUUAUAAGAAGACAUUCAGUACAGGAACAAAUUAUC